AUGCAUCUACUCGCUACCUUACUGUUUGUUUUGAACUUCGUUCAUCAGGUAUGUGCCAAACGGAAGCUGGUGGCUUCGUCGCUGGUAAGCUGUAUGGAAAACUCCGAACUGGUAGCCAAUUCUUUUUCGGUGACUUUUGAUGCUGAUAGCAGAGCUCUCCAUUACUCCCUAGACAUGACUACAGAGAUCGACGGCUACAUCACCGCAGAUGUUGAGGUAUGGGCAUACGGUUUCAAAAUCAUUUCCAAAUCGUUGGAUCUGUGCUCGCUGAACUGGAAGCAGUUCUGCCCCCUACAUCCAGGUAACGUCCAAGUCGAGUCGAUCGAGUACAUCUCGAAGAGUCUGGUGAAACAGAUCCCUGGUAUUGCCUAUCAGGUUCCGGAUAUUGACGCCUUUGUGCGUGUGAAGAUUUAUCCACGUGGAAGCACAACGACGACCUUGGCAUGCAUCCAAGCCUUUUUCUCUAACGGUAAAACCGUAUCACAGACAGGUGUUAAGUGGGCAACUGCUGUGAUUGCAGGAAUAGGGUUGUUAUGCUCCGCUAUUCUGUCAACUUUCGGAAACUCUAAUGCUGCCUCCCAUAUCUCAGCCAAUACAAUGUCUCUUUUCCUGUAUUUCCAGUCCGUCGUCGUGGUGUCCAUGCAGCACGUUCACAGAGUACCACCAAUUGCUGCCGCUUGGUCGGAAAACCUGAUUUGGUCGAUGGGUCUCAUUCACGUUGAUUUUAUGCAAAAGAUUUUCAGGUGGUUUGUGCAAUCGACAGGUGGCACUCCAUCGUUGUAUUUGACAUCUAAAACCAUUUCCGUGCUUGUACAGAGAGGUUACGACUUACUAGACAACGUUCCUUUACUGAAACGGGCUGCAGAUGUACUAUAUGGUAAUUCGACCGUGCUGAUUGAAAGAGGUAUCAAAAGACUUGCCCAUCGAGCCGAUAUUGAGAACACGUCAAUUGUUUGCACUGGUUUCACCUUCUUUUUCCUCUGCGGUUAUUUCCUGGCUGGCUCCAUCAUAGCUUCCAAGUAUGCGAUCGACCUCUGCAUCAAAGCUGGGUGGUUGAACAAUAGCAGAUUUACGGACUUUAGAAGCAAUUGGCGAGUUGUUUUGAAGGGCACUUUGUUACGCUAUACUUACAUCGGGUUUACGCAGCUGACGUUGCUGAGUUUUUGGGAGUUUACCCAGAACGACUCUCCUGCUGUCAUUGUAAUUGCAGUGCUUUUGCUGAUCCAAGCCUUGGGCCUGAUGUUAUGGGCUGCAUUUAGAACGAUUUCUUUUGCCAGACUUUCAGUUCAGCAGAAAAGGAAUCCCGCGGCGCUACUUUACGGUGACCAACGUAUUCUGGACAAGUAUGGUUUUUUCUAUACGAUGUUCAGCGCCAAACAUUAUUGGUGGAACUGUGUCAUAUUGGCAUACAUUCUUUUGAAGUCUAUUUUUAUUGCUUUCUGUCAAGCUUCGGGAAAGACUCAGGCGUUAGCAAUUUUCAUCUUUGACUUGGCUUACAUGGUCGUUCUCAUUAUUUUCCAGCCGUACUUCGAUCGUCCUACUAAUAUUGUCAACAUUCUGAUCACGACUGUAACCACGGUCAAUUCAUUUUUGUUUCUGUUCUUCUCUGACUUAUUUGGCCAGCCUUAUAACGUUUCGUCAAUUAUGGGAUGGGUAUUCUUUAUCAUGAAUGCUGCUUUUUCCUUGAUCCUAUUAGUGCUAAUCCUCAUCUUUGUCAUUCUGGUAGUAUGCUCUAAAAACCCAGAUUUGAGAUUCAAGCCUGCCAAGGACGACAGAACCUCAUUCCAAAGGUCUUCUGGUAGUCACGGGAAAAUCAAUAAGUCUGUUGCCGCUGAAUUGUUGGCAUUGGGGAACACUGCCAAGAAUCAUGACGACAACUGGGAGGAGGGGCUCUACGCUCAACAGAAGUUACAGAAAGACCGCAGUUUGUCAGGUUUGGACUACUCUGACGAAAAACUAGCAAGCACUCAAUCAACAUCGGAGGACAAUGAAGGCGUCCAGCCUUCACUAGCCGAAAGACUGAAACGCAAGCUGUCUUUCAAGAGAACGAAGUCGACUUCUUCGAGAAAUCGGCUCGAAAAAGAUAAUGAAGUGGUUGACCCGGAAAAUGCCAUAACAUCUCUUUCUCGUGAGCCUUCAGCCUCAUCUAAUGCGGCCGUUGCGGUCAAGAGAGACUACCCUGGUAUCCACAGCAGGCAGGAAUCAGACUCAAACAACGGCCUAAUGCAAUCCUAUAAUGUCGUCGAGAAUAAACGAUUAGCAACUCAGGAAGAAGACGACCAUCCCCUGGUGGGGGCCAAUGUACAUCAGGCGACGGGUGUGGACAGAAGUAACGAACUGGCAAGAGAUGAAAGCAUGGACUCUGUGAAUGCUGCCACUCAGCCGAACGCUACGUCUUCUACGGAUCUUUUUACACACAACAACGGUUCUUACUAUGGAAGGUUAUAA